GGACACAUCUGCAUGGCGGGCCAUUUGUUCGGGGCAUAUGCGAGGCGCGUGUUCCAACGCAGAGGGUGCCUGGGGUCGCUUUUCGCGGGUUUUCGCCUAACCCUACCCAACCGCCAAGCCAAACGAAGUGCGAAGUGCCAAGCACGCUGCCUUCUUUGAUGUCAUAUCCUGGGCUUCAUCCUAAGGCUUCUUCUAUAUUUGGUAAGCCACAGUCGAGUAAAAAGUGCCGGACGCGUCGUAGUUUCUCAUUUUUACCUGAGAACCAUCGAGCUGAAACGCUAAAAUUGCGUCUUGUAAAUGCGAACGUUGAGGUAACGACUGCUGGGUAUCACGAGGUCGGGGAGUCACUAGUGGCCCGUUGCGCUAAAGCGUGUCUGAUGGGCACGUCCCGGCCAAGCCUGUCGCCCUUCGCUCCUGAGUGCGCACUAGUAGUAGCUUACUGUUCAUCAGUGCCCUACAUCACCCGAUUGGAAGCCGCGCGCACACUAAUAAGGGCGAGCAGAUACGCGGCACCCUCCGCCCGUUAUUUUCUUAAACCGAAUCUUGUGCACCGAUAGCAGCGCGCUGCAAUUCGUGAGAGCUUAGAUCCGGUCGAGAGCUCUUGCGACGCGAGCUGGCUGUGACCGGAGAAAAGGUAUCAUCGGCGUGGACCCUACGACACAGAUUUUCAGUCGAGUCGGCUAGGGACCCGCCCGCGGGGACGUGACACUACGGCUAAAUCACAGCGCCAGGCCUCAGCGCUACAAAGUCGGCCGGUCCAGGUUGUCGGUGGGCCACUCGUCCUCUGAGGAUGCUCAAGCAGGAACACCUCAAGAUAAAGGCGCACCUCGGCGCGGGUGGCUUCGCACGCGUGUUCAGGGCGGAAUAUGAAGGCGUGGAGGUGGCGCUCAAGGUGCUUGCGCCUGCCAACAUCAACCAUGCUGACCCCGCGGCUGCGGAGGAGUACGCCACAGCCAAGGAGCUGUUCACGCGGGAGGGCCGCUUGCUGCUUGCCACACACCACCCGCACAUCGUGAGAUGCCUUGCGAUGGGCCCACUGCCAGCGGCCUCCGUGUCAGGCCUGCUCGGCAGUGACCGCAGCUUCGCCCACCACCAAAAGCAGCCGCCGCCGGCGCACGCUGCUUCUGCUGGCGGCGGCGGCGCCACCACCAAUGCCUCUUUGGCGCCCGCCAUGGCUCUUGAGAUGUGUGAGCCGUACACGCCACGUCAGCUCAUCAUGCGCGGCAUGGCCAGCGCCUCCAAGACCUACAGCACAUACACCGCGCUGGAGUGGCUGCUUCAGAUUGCGUCUGCGCUGGCGCACCUGCACUCGCAAAAGCCCAUUAUCAUCCACCGCGACGUCAAAUGCGAGAACAUUCUCCUGAAGAAAGACAAGGACGGGAAGCUGGUCGCCAAGCUGGCAGACCUGGGCCUGUGCGUGGUGGUGGAGCAGGACCGCUCUGUGAUGCUUCGCAAGAAAUCAGAGAGGCGCCUACACGUCGGAACCGGCGCCGGUGGCUCCUCUGGUGGCGGCUCUGGAACCGCCUCCCCCGCCCUGCACCUCUCCCUCAAUGACGCUGCUGCCGCCGCGGCUGCUGCCGGCGGCGGGUGCGGCGUCUCCGCCGCCCCGGUCAGACUCCACACACCCUCGCGCAUCCCUACCGCCGGCCUGAACGACCUCGCUCGCGGCGGCUCGGAUUCUCCCUUCCUGACCAUCAGCGCUGGGCACAGCGCCGCGGCCAGUCGCGUCGCCAGCCGCGCCCCUAGCAUGACAGCAGCCUUCAGCAGCACCAACGCUUGGGGCGCCGUCGGUGCCGGGGGCGGCGGCGGCGGCGGCGGUGGCGGGAGCUACUCGAGCACACAGCCUGCUGGCAAUGGCGGCAUUAGCAACGGCGCGGGCGGCUCCGCCGCCGCCGGCAGCACUGCUACGGAGUCUCUGUUUGACUCGAACAUCGUGAGUAGUGGCGGCGGCGUUGCUGGCGGCGGGGUCCUCAACGGGCUCCGCGUCGGCCCGACGGGACGCGCCAGCAGUUUCCUGACUCAGCGAUCCAACCUGGGCCUCGGUGUCGUCGUCGUCGUCGGCGGCGGCGGCGGCGGCGGCGGCGGCGGCGCGGGCAGCAGCGUCAGCUCCUCACGUGCUGCUGCUGGCGGCGCCGCCAGCACCGGCGGCGUCACAGGGGCCCCCGGCGGCGGCCACAUCCCGGCCGCAGGGCUUGCAGCCAGCGGCCGCCUGCCGCCCGCUGCUGCUGCUGCUGGCUCGUCUGGCACCGGCAACGGUGUGCUACAGCCGACGGCGGCUGCCCUGGCGCCACGCGUGCUGGGCCCGCCUCCGCCGUCACAUCAGGCCUCGGUCAUGUAUCCUCCCUCAGCAUUUGCAUCUGCUACUGCCGACCCGGCACACGACACACCUGCUGCCAGCAGCAGCUGCUACUACGCCAGCGGUGCAGCCACAACGGCUGGUGGUGCGGUGGCAGUCAACCUGCCGCCGCCGCCGCCGCUGCUGCCGACGCCCAUCGCGGAGGAGGCCGAGCGUGAGUUGCUUGCCCAGGCUCUGACGGAGCGCCUGUCCAAGCUACUGGAGGUUCGAAGCUGCAGUGCCACUGGAGUUGGAGGGGCCGCGGCCCCUCCGGCGGCCGCCGGCGCGCUGCUGGGGUCGACUGCUGCUGUGGCGGCGGCAAUGGCGGCGGGCGGCAUGCGGCAGAGCACUGCUGGCGGCGCCGGCAUGCAGUUGACUCCCCUGUCGCCUGCGGGCUCGGCCGGCGGCGCAUGCGUGGCCACGCAGCGGGACCGCGGCGUCCCCGGCGGCCGGCUGUGGGACGCCCUUGCAACGGGUGACGUGGCGGCAGGUAAGGAAGAUGCUGGCCUUUCAGCAGCCGAUGCUGCUGAUGCCUGGGAGCGCCAGCAGCAGCAGGCGGCGCCGCCGGCGACAGCAGGGCGCCAGUCGCAGCCGCAACAGCAGCCGCAGCCGCUUCGGCCGGCAACUGCCAGCAGCAGCAACGGCGGCAGCAGGGGUGGCGGAAAUGAUGGCUGGGUGCCUGAUGAAGCGUCGGCGAUAGGCUGCAGCAGCUUCGGCGGCUGCACGCGGCCGCAGACGCCGCGCGGCAUCGAUCUAGUGAUUAUGGAUGACACUGCUCACGACACUACUGCUGCUAGCGGCUCGCCGGGCGCCGCCGCUGCCACCACACAGCACAUGGGGGCGAGCAAUCUGCCGGGCGCGGCAAACCUGUCUGAGUACCCCAAAGCGCCCGCCACCGCCGCUGACAGCACCAGCGCUGCAACCUCAACUGGUGCCGAUCAUCACAGCAACGCUGUCGCACCUGCCGUGAGGCCGCCCGCCGUGGCGAUGCCGUCAGCUCAUCCUCCCACGGCACUCACGGCGCAUAUGACGCGCACGUCUUCCCAGUCGUUCAGUGGCGGCGGCGGCACGCCACGCGCCGAUGCUGACGUGUAUCGGGGCUUGGCCGCCCUGUCAGACUGUGUGGCGGCGACAGCUACUGCUGCUGCUAUACCAGAGGCGGCAGUAGCAGCAACAGCUGCGGCAGCGGCAGCGCUGGGGCCCGCCGGCGGUGGUGGUGCCGCCGCAGCCGCAAUAGCUGCAGCCGCCGCUGCUGGUGCUACUACUGCUGCUGGCCCUGCUCAGCAUGCGGUGGCGGUGGUGGCCGCCGCCGGGGGAGCUGCUGACGUCAGCGGUGCUGCCGUUGCUGGCGCGGCGGAUUCAGUAACGGUCGUGGCCCGGUUUGUGCCUGAUGAGGCGCCUAGCCUCGCCGCCGGCGUGCCUGCAUAUCCCGACAACGCCACUGCGGCGGCAGGCGGUGUCACCGCCUCCGCUUCCACCUUCACGACCCAUACGCCUUCGCCGCCUCCUCUGGCACGUGCAACACUUCACAGCUCAUCAAGCGCGGGUGGCGCUGCGCCGUCGCCGCGGCACCUGCAGCAGCAGCAGGGAUCCCACAGCCCCUCGACAUUGCCAAAGGCCGCCGUGAUGGCAAGCGGCGGUGGCUUCGAUGGCAGUAGCCGCCGCCGUGCUGCGCCGUCACCUCUGCUGCUACAGCCUGUGGGCAGCAUCAGUCCGCCGCUGUCUCCUAGUCCUAGUGCGGGGUUCGCCGGCGGGGGCGGCAGUGUGCCGUCGUUUCGCAUGGGGGGCAGCGGGAUUCCGUCGCCGUCCACUCGGCCGCUGGCAUCGCCAAAUGUGCCAUCCGAGACGUUCUCCACUAUCUCCACCAUGAUUGCGCAAAACCCUGAGAUCGUGGAGGAGGUGCACGUGGAGGCACCGCAGAGCGGGCUGCGCAUGCUGGGGAGCCUGCUCAAGCAGCUGGGGAAGCGCGAGCUGGCGCCGCUGCGGCGGCAGCAGAUGGAGUGGGUCUACGGCCUCACGGGCAAGGCCGGCAGUGCCAUGUACAUGGCCCCGGAGGUUUUCCAGAAACUGCCUUACAAUGAGAAGGCCGACGUGUUCAGCUUCGGUGUGGUCAUGUACGAACUGCUUGCCCGCGAGCUGCUCAUCGUUUCGGUGUUCAACACCGGCAAGGCUGCCCGGCUGGGGGUGUACGAGCCCAUCGACUACGCAGAGCUGGUGGCGGACGGCUACCGGCCAGAGCGGACGCGGGCGCUGAGUGACGGAAUGUGUGCGCUGGUGGCGGCCUGUUGGCACGAGGACCCCGUGCAGCGCCCCGGCAUGGCAGAGGUGGAGAGGCGGCUGGCGGCGCUGCUGUUGGAGGAGGAGGCGCGGGGCGGCGGCGCCCGUGGCGGUGGCGGAGGCGCGAGCCCGGGUUGCGGCUGCACCAUUUCGUGAGCGCCGUGUGCCCUACCUGGCUGGAUGGUGCAAUCCACUUGUGGGUGGUGGCGUGCUUGGGGCAGGGCCGCUCAUGAAUAGUUGUGUAGUCAUUUAAUAGUACAUAUCGGGGGCCGGCGUCCAGCGGACAUGACAUGAACUUGCAAGGCUCAACGUAGAUCUUAAGCAUGUGGUGCGUACGUACGUACCACGUGUGCGCAAUACGCGGCGGCGGGGUGCUUGAACAUUAUAGUAAUAGGACUGCUGUAAGCCUGCGAACGAGAGCGAAGUUGGAACGGUCGUCCUGCCAUGUGGGUGACACAUGGCGGCAUGAGUGGUUGAAUCUGAGAAGGAGGCUACUGUGGAUUGCGUGGGCAAUUGCGGGGUUGAGGUGCGUGGUGCGUGCCUGGUGCGUGCGCACGUUCUGUAGGAACGGCUGUGACGAGUGUUUGGCAGGGACAGUGAUGCCCAAAGUGCGUGCCGCGUGCGUGCAUAUGCAUGCACACAUCUGUUGGGAAAGUAAGCAUUUAGUGGUGGGGCGGCGGCGGCGGGUAUUGCUGGGGCUUGCCUAUCACAUGUGCUGUGCUUGGCGCUGUGGUUCCGACGGGCAAUGGGCACCGGAGUUCACUGCAAGCGCACUACAAUAGUUUACGAUUGUUUUACAUAUAAUUUGGGACUGCCUGUGGGUGUUCUGUGGCGCUAGAUCGGUGGGUUACGGCUGCCCGCCCUUUCCGUGCAUACGCAUGUUGCGUUCAGAGGAUUCGGGUGCAUUCAUAGCAAACUUGGAUAGCGUCGGGUUUGAUGUUCCCAGGGCGGGUUACACGGUCACUGACUUGUUGGAUGCAUGCCAACGGUGACACGAGUGUUGCGACCAUAGUGCAUGGCUGGUGGCAUGAGGUCCGGCAGAUGGGCCACACGCGCAAACAGCAGCUAGCAGCUAGCUGCACCGUGGUGAUGAGCGUAAUUGCUAUCUACUCAGUUUGAUACGACGCACAUUGCAUGCGCUCCUCAAUUGGUUUCGAAUGUUAGCGAGCGGCUUCAUCCGUGCGGGUGUAGUGGUUAGGCUUGUAGAUAACAGGGUGAGAAGCCGUAGGGCUUCCAAAGCCUUCGCGUGUUGCAUGCACGGCCCAGGCAUACCAGUAAGGAUAUGCCCAUCAGGUUUUGUUCGGUCACUCGGACGAUGCUGCUGUAUUGGCGUGCUGACAUAGCUGGCAGGUUUGGCAUGUAUUUACACGCGUGUGCGUCAAGGUUCUCUGCACUGCGGUCUCGCCAUUUCCUCAAUUGUGCCCGUCUCAUCUUAAAGAUGCAAUCGUGCUGCAACGCACGUUACCGGUAUUCCUUGCAUGCCUGUGCAUGCCUGUGCUGCCGAAACUCCAUCCGCACAGGUGUCACUGUCGUCUGUUCUCAUCGUAUGUGUACGUGCCAAUCAAGUUUAUUUGGGCUUGGGGCAUUGGGUGGUGUAGCGUGUUUGGGCACGCUACCAUUGAGGCGGUGGGUUGGAUGCCAUUUCAUCUGCACAGUUUGCGUGCGCCCAACCCUUGCAACUGUACGGGGGCACCGCUGAUGGGGCCGUAAGCAGGUCUGGGUCCCAGGCUGCGAUAAUUGUGGACCAUUUCGCUAGGGUGUGGGCUGCUGCGAAUACGGUAAGCGCGCGUGCUGCCUUGCCGAAGUGCAGCGGAGCCAAAGCUAUUAAUUGCGACGUAAGGUAAUCCCCGUGUGGAGUUAGGGGCGCGUGGGGCGCGCGUAGCGUGGGUACGUGCCGGUGCAUGAGAUCGGACCGAGCCGAGCUUAGUCGCAUGCAGCGCGCUCCCUGCCUUACCUGCCGUUGUGGUUGUAUUGUUGGUGUUUCGUUAGCUUACCCCACUAAUUUUCCAGUAAAUUCAUACGACACGCCUUCAGCUGAGGGAAAGAGGCCUGCUCCCGCACUACUACUGUGCCCGUUGACUUUCUGCUGUGUACCGUAUCACCAACUAAAAGACUGCGCGCGAGGGUCUUAGAUAGUAUGAUUGUAUUGCCGCCGUUGCUUAAAUUGCAGCCGUUGAACCGUCGGUGUGAUACUGCGAAUCCGCUGGCAGCACCCAGCCAGCAAGGCGCCGGUCUGUUAGUUGUCCAGUUGUCCAGUGGUUGGCAUGUUGAGGUGACAUCACGGUACACUGUACUGGCGCCAGACCACGUCUGAUUAUGGACAUGCAACAAUCAGUAGUGCUUCAGCGCGACAGGGCGGUCGACAGACCUCUGGCCUGUCGUGCCUUGUUUGCGGGGGUACAUACGAUACCGCCGCCAAAGUACCCGGACGAGAUGCCCGGUGUUACGGUACGGUGGGGCGGGCUAGCAUGAGGCCUGGCCAGCAGUGGCCAGGACUCAUGUGCGCUGCUUUGUGGACGGUGGGGGGCUUGAGGCAGCCAGCCAGGAGGGUUUUCCCUUGGGCCCUCUUAACAGGUAGGGGGGAGGCGUGCCGUUGCACUGUCCCGCCGUCUUUGUACGUAAUGUCGCAUACAUGGCGCACGCACGGUACAUCGAAGAAACUUGCCGGUACUUACUGCCAGGACGGUUUGAAGGGAAUAUGCACUAUGCAGAGUCAGCAAUUGAUGGGGCUUGCGCUGUAAGGACUGAAGACGGCUGCCAUAGCAAGGGGCGGCCAUGUGCCGUUUGCAGCAUGCGGAGGCUUGUGAUGUCCGUGACUGUUAUGUCGUUGCGAGUCUGCCUGAACCAUGCCGGACGGAAGAAACUGG